AACAUUUAGAGGAAUAUAAAGAAGUUAAUUUUUUUAAAACAUUGUUUGUUGACUUUUUGCUGACAUUAACUGAGCUGUCUUGUUUUUGUUUGAUCUCUUGCAGGACGGUGAAUAACUUCCUCAUGACCGGACCCAAGGUAAAUAGACAUAUCUGAUGAUGAGCUGUGCGUAAAACCUCGUCUGGGUCAUCCAGAUGUUGCACAUUAAUCGAUUUUGUCGUGAUAUACUACUGUAUCAUGGUUGAAUAAAAACAAAACUUAUUCAGACUAUUUUUUCUCCUCACCAGGCUUUCCUGACUUAUGCUGGCAGCGUGCAGAUGGGCGCACAAAGUGGAAUACAAGAGUGUAAACAUCAGUUCGCAUGGGAGAGGUGGAACUGUCCAGAGAACACGCUCCAACUAUCCACACACAUUGGCCUCCGAAGUGGUAAAAUAUAUAUUUUUUAAUCAUAAAGGAAUAAUUCAUGCAUGACAGUUAGUUAUGGGUGUAAGUUUAAUUUCAUUAGCUGUCAGAUUUGAUAAAGCGCUAUGAGGUAAAAGUUAACUACUUUACGCUAAGUCUGUGCCCCCAACUAAAAGCUCUUAUUACAUGGAGGAAUAAAAACUUAAAUGCCUUGAUGACCCAACGUUAAUACCCCCCUCAAAAAUGAUCCGUGCUAUAUCUCAUGUACUGUCUCUAUACAGUUUGCGCGCGUUUUACGCAUGGUGUUUUGGUGUAGCCAAUGCGCGUACAUGUGGUCAUAUUUGAACCUAUAAAAUGACACUUUGCUUCUCUUUUUUCACUUGUUGUAGCCACAAGAGAAACAUCUUUUGUUCACGCAAUCAGCGCAGCCGGAGUGAUGUACACGCUGACCAAGAACUGUAGCAUGGGAGAUUUUGACAACUGUGGCUGCGAUGACUCCAGACUUGGACAGACAGGUAUAUUUCUCAGAAAAAAAAAAAAUAUAUAUAUAUAUAUAUAGUAGUUUAAAUUAUAGCCAAUUUGUUUAUAUCAGACGUAACAUAUGAUGUGAGAUCUAAAUCAUUAAUUCAUAUGUCUGAUUCAACAGGAGGAAGAGGGUGGAUUUGGGGAGGCUGUAGUGAUAAUAUUGCGUUUGGAGAGAAGAUCUCCAAACAGUUCGUGGACGCACUGGAAGGUGGACAUGACUCGCGCGCAGCAGUCAACCUGCACAACAACGAGGCUGGCAGACUGGUAAGAUAUAAAUGAAUUUCUGUUUCAAUGGGGCAGUCUCAAUACUUCCCAGUGCUAAAAAGCGUAAAAAAUGUUUAGAAUCUAAACCUGUUGCUUCUUCUAGGCCAUCAAAGCUACCAUGAGGAAGGCAUGCAAGUGUCAUGGGGUAUCUGGCAGCUGCAGUAUCCAAACCUGCUGGAUGCAGCUUGCCGACUUCAGGGAGGUGGGAAACUACCUGAAGAUGAAGCACGAGAACGCAAAGAAGCUGGAGAUGGACAAGAGGCCUGCGAGGGCCGGGAACAGCGCAGACAACAGAGGAGUCAUUGCGCACACUUUCCGCAGCAUCGCCCGAACGGAGCUCAUUUACCUGGAGGAUUCCCCGGAUUAUUGCGUCAAGAACCUGAGCCUGGGAUACCAGGGCACCGAGGGCAGGGAGUGUCUGAAGGGGGUAAAGGGCACAACCCAGCGAGGGAAGAAGAGCUGCCGCAGGCUGUGCCAUGAUUGCGGCCUCAGAGUGGUGGAGAAGCGCAUUGAAAUUGUCAGCAGUUGCAACUGCAAGUUUCACUGGUGCUGCACAGUCAAGUGUGACAAAUGCAUGCAAGUUGUUACUAAAUACUACUGUGCACGCAGAGAAGGUGGAAGAAAACCACACAACAAAACCAAGCGCCAGCACCGUGCGCGCCAGCAAUAGACUUCCAUUUGUUGCACAGACUAUAAAGUCAGUAUUUGUAUCAUGGCAUUGAACAUUUUGGACAUCUGUGGAUAUACAUCGGUAUUUUUAAUGCACUUUAUUUAAUUUUGUUUUUACAGGACCAACCCCCCAAGC